GUGGGUGGCACUAAAAAUUACUAAUACCAAUAGACAAUAGUGAUAUAGCCCUUCCUUCGAGACCAUUUUCCUUAAUCCUCACAAAAUAAAAGCGGGUUGCUUGUUCCUAUCUUUCUAUGCCUUUGCCUUUGUCAUCUCAACCUUUGUUAAUCGAAUUCCAUUAAUCUCAGAGCAAACCAAAGUGGGGUUCAAAAGAGAGUUCGGGAUUUUGCAUCUUCGUAUUGAAUUAAGAGAGAGAGAAAGAGAAAGAUGAGUUCUGAGCAGAACGAGGGAACAAGCUACCAGCCAUCAGAGCCAAAGCUCUGUGCCAACAACUGUGGGUUCUUUGGCAAUGCAGCGACCAUGAAUCUUUGCUCCAAGUGCUACAGAGACUACCACAUGAAAGAAGAAAACGCGGCUUCUGCUAAAGCCGCCAUGGAAAAAUCUCUCAACCCACAACCUCAACCAACUCAGCCCCUACAAUCCAGUUUCUCAACGGAGAGCUUCAAGCCUGUGGGAUCCUCUUCUUCAUCUUCAACGACGUCGUUGACAUUCGGAGCUACUGCUACUGUCGGUGUUCAAGAACAAGAAGAAGAAGCGCAACCUCCAAAGGUGUCGAAUCGGUGUUUUAGCUGUAACAAGAAGGUGGGUCUGACUGGGUUCAGAUGCAAGUGUGGGAGUACUUUCUGUGGGACCCACAGGUACGCGGAGAAGCAUGAUUGUACUUUUGACUUCAAGGGGGUUGGACGCAAUGCUAUUGCCAAGUCCAACCCUGUGGUUAAGGCUGAUAAGAUGGUCGAGAGGUUCUGAAAAUAUGUGAAAUCUGGGUUGGUGAUACACACUUUAUUGGGUUUUAUUUUGCUGCUUAAUAGUAAUAGAUAAUAGUAGAAAUAGAAUUUGUUUAGUUUGUGUUUGGAUGGAAGAAUUUCGAUUUGGAUUUACAUUUUAAAUCAUCCCUGGUGCCCACUUUUUUUUUA